UGAAUGCUGUGUGUGGGUCGCCUCACCGACUUACCUUCUCCUAGAAGCCCACCAAGCACAGAAGUUUCCCCAAACCCUUUCGCGUUCUCCUCUCGGGCUAAAGAAGCAGGCGGCGGCGAUGGCGACGGCGGACGGGCUCCACGGCGAGGCGGUCGUUGACGAUCUCCUUUGUAGCGGCGGCGACCUCCAGUCCUUCUUUGACCAGUUGUUGCAGGGGCUGGAGGUGGCGGCUUGCGGAGGCGGCGAGGGGGCGGAGGAGGAGCUCGAGUGGCUGUCCAACAAGGACGCGUUCCCGGCAGUGGAGGAGAUGGACCUGGAGCUAGCGGUGAUGGGGGCCCGUCGGGCCCAGGAGGAGCUCGAGUCGCUGCCCAACAAGGACGCAUUCCCGACGGUGGAGGAGAUGGAGCAGGAACCAGCGGUGAUGGGGUCUCGGAGGAAGGUGGUGCGCCGGCGGCGCGGGGCGAUGUCGGCUAGGCCGGGGCAGCGGCGGUGCAGGCACUGCGGGACGACGAAGACGCCGCAGUGGCACAGGGGGGCAGCGGGCUGCCGCACGUUGUGCAACGCGUGUGGCGUGCGGUACAAGAGGGAACGCCCGGAGUAUGCACCCUCUCAUCAGGAGGGACUGGAGGUUGGCGGCGGCGAGGCGUUGGAGACUAUGGAGGCGGAGCCGUCGGAGGUGGGGUCUCAGACGAAGAGGGUGGUGCGCCAGCGACGGACUUUGGCGUGGCCUCCGACAGCGGCUGAGCCGGAGCAGCGGUGGUGCCAGCACUGCGGGAAGAUGAAGAAGCCGCGAUGGCGCGAGGGGGCGGCUGCGGAGCAGGAGCGGGAGUGGCUGUUGAACAAGAACGUCCCGGCGGUGGAGACAGUGGAGCCGAAGCCAUCGGUGGUGGCGCCUCGGACGGAGGGGGUGGUGUCGCCGGCGCUUUCUGACCUGGGGCAGCGGCUGUGCCGGCACUGUGGGAUGGCGGAGACGCCGCAAUGGCGCGAGGGACCGGAGGGCCGCAAGACGCUGUGCAAUGCGUGCGGCGUGCGGUACAGGGCCGGCCGCCUGGUGCCGGAGUACCGGCCGCUGCGCAGCCCCACCUUCUCGCCGGAGCUGCACUCCAACAGGCACAGCCGCGUCGCCCAUAUGCGCCCUGCCGGGGCUCCUCAUCCACUGCCGCCGGACAAGUGAAGUGUUGACAGUGGUUUCUGCCGUUUGGAGAUUUAUUUAUGUUUUGGGUUUAAAGACCUACUGCUCUAUCUACACUUCAUUAGCACAAAAUGAUUUAGAAUAAGUAGUAGGAGUACCUUGGUUUUGGUGGUAAAGGACAUCCAGUUUUUGGUGGUUCUUGGCUUUUAUGGUCAAUGUUCCAAUAAGCAGGAACUUGCUUGAUCUUUGUCAA